AUGGCAGCCCGAAUGGGGAUGCCGUCCCUGUCACUUCGGCAUGGCUUUAGGUGUGUUACUGAAGCUGCUGUCACGGUGGAGGAGUUUCUGGUCGCCGUAGGAGAGAAGGAGGGUCUGGAUUAUAUGUUCCCUGCACUGAUUGUUAGUGCUGCGAUAGGGGCAUUUGAAGAGGACGUGGGGAUGCUGCUUUCCUUCGAUACCCCGGAGCUGGGGGAGUUCAAGGAGGUGGGAAAGAAGGCCAUGUACAGAACAUGUGUAAAGGUGUCCCAUGCCUCUUCCCUGGAAGGGGUAAAAUUGACGAGGAGAGAGAGUCAGUGGUUGGACAGUGUAUCUCUGCUGAUAAAGGACUCAUUUGAAGGAGAGAUGCUGAUGAUUGACAACCUCUCUGGAUCUGUCUUCCAUCACUACUCCUCUACCUCUUCUCCUGUCUGGAAGGACUACAAGGGGAAUCUGCAAGAGAUCCGAUUGGCUGAGGUGGAGCAGGCGUCUCUGAUGUCAGAGCAGUUUUCUGACAAGUCGUCAUCACUGGCCCUUCCUGAUGAUCUUAGUCUGGACGACCACAGUGACUACCAGCUCCUGGUCAGGGACGGCAAGGAGGAGAGAGGGAGCAGUGACUCCCACAGUUCUGAGGAAUUGAGGGGAUUCAGGCUGGGUGUGGAGGGCGUUGGGGGCACGGAGGUACUCGACCCCACAGCAGAGGCCCUGAAGAUGGGGUAGGAUUCCUGCUAGAGGUGGGUGCCCAGCCCCAGUUCCAGAGCCAGUCUCUCCAGUUCCUCCACCACAACAGAGAUGGUGAUGGCCAUCACAGUGACCAGGUUGGCAGUGUCGGAUGUAGAGGUUCCUCCUCUCCUCUCUUCCAUCUCCCUGUGGAGUUCUUUCACCCCGCCACAGCCACAGCGGUCCCCCCACCCAUCCACAGGACGGGGGUAGACCCAGGGGGGAGAGAGGCAUCCAGGCUGCCAUCCCCAGCCUCCUGGUCCUCUUUGCGCUCCCCAGGGGCCAAUAACAGUGUCCUAGACUCCCCAGGGGCCACCAGCAGAGUCCUAGACUCCCAAGGGGCCAAAAGCAAGGUCCUAGACUCCUCAGGGGCCAACAGUAGGAUCCUAGUUUCCCAGCACCUGUCCCACAGUGACUCGUCCUUGGCCACAGGCAGCUCCGAGGGAAGCCUCCAGACCACCCUGGAGGAAGGUCUCAGCUUUAGCGUCUCCCCCCCUCGAGGAGACUUGGGACUCUCCCUGGCCCUGCCUCUCCUCUGCCCUCUCCCCCUCCCUCACCUCGAUGAAACACGACAAACCCCUAGAUCGCUGGGUCACCCCUCAAUGAGAGGCCGCAGUACAGCAUUCAACCUCCAAGCCACUAGAGGGCACCAGAGGAGCCAGAGCAGCUGUGGCAGCAACACCAGUCCCGGGUGCCCAAGGCAAGACUCUAUGGACCCUUCGGAUGACGAUUGUGGGAUAGGGAUGGGAGGCGAAGGAUCCAGUCAGGCUUUUAACAGCGAACGUUUAUCAGAGACACUUAGUAGUUUGUCUCUGACGUCACUGCUGUCACCUAGCUCCCUGGCACCCCCUCUGGUGAAAAAAUGUAAUAGCACUGGGAGUUUGGACCAGGCAAAUCUUUCUGUCAGGAGUAAAGAUGGACAACAGUACUAUGAGAUAGAUGCUCAUGGGUACCUCACCAACUCUUGGACUGAGAAGAGGGGUGGACAGGAAGGGGAGAUGGGGUUUGGAGUUAAAGGUACGAGCCAGAUGAUGGAUGCCGGCUCAAGGAAAAACAGAUGAAACUUUAUCUAUCGGUUGGAACUUUUUUUCUCCUCCAGAGGUGUUUGAUUGAUAUCUGUUCAAUGAACUUGUCUCCUCCCUCUUUCUCUCUCUCUUUUUUCAUCAGUGAGAUGGCCAUGUUCUCUUCUUUCCAUGACGAUUGGGUGAAAAUUGAAGCUGAGGAAUUGGUAUACAUUUUGUGAAGGAUUACAAUGACUUCUGGGUAAUGGAGUUUAAUUAAGGCAUCUCAUUUUCUGAGACAUGUGGAUAUUCUUAUAGGUGACUACAGCAAUGACAGGACCCUUGAAAAACAUGCUAAUUAUGGCCUUGCAUGGAGCAUAGUCGCCCUCAUCCAUACACCCAAAGAAAAGCAAAAACAAGUACCAAAAUGUGAAUUUCGUGUGAGCAUUGUCGGAACAAUGAUGAAACUCCAAACAUUGAUGAAACUCCAAAAGAAAACGAUUGCCUAACAGGGCAAGCUUAGCUUAGCGGCUAAUGCUAACGCUCCUGUGAUUGACAACAGGGCUAGCCUAGCCCAGUGGCUAAUGGUAGUCUAAUGGUUUUGUCCUCUUGAAAAAAGACAAUGUUCAUUAUUAAGAUAAGCAGAUUGUAGAGUCCUUUCGAUGAGACUUUGUACAGAGUUUUUUUUCUUCACAUCUAUAAGGUAGCAUUGAUUACCUACUUUUUCUUUUAGCUUAACAUUUGAUAGGUGAAAGAAUAUCAAGGUUGCAUAUUUGAUGGGUUUUCUAGUUAUAAAACAUAUUGGGAUCUGUAUGAAUGCAGAUGUGUCCCUCUGUGUGUGUUAGGGUGAGAUAUGAAGGCUAAUCUAGAAAUACUAGAAUUAGCAAAAGGGCACCUUUUGAAUGGAAAGAUAAUCCAUAUGUGAGAGCUAUAGUGAAGAGACGUGGGGAGUGAAUGAGAACAUAUGCCGUACCAUAGAGGAAUAGGCCAUGUUCUCAUGAAUCACCCAUGAACCAAGGGCUUCAGAGAAGAUGCUCUCCUGUCCCUACUGGAUAGAUGCACCAUAUCCAAUGAGAGAUCGAGAUCGGACGCCAUCUUGGUUGGUGAAACACAAAGUAAAACAAAGUCCCGGUCAGUUUCACAAAAUGGAGUUCUUGUCUCUUGUCCCCCCCUGUUGACAUUUGUGCAGCGUUGUGUAUCGACGUUUUGAAGGAGAAUUGUAUACCUCAGGUGGAUUACAGAAAACACUGAAGUGGAUCUAUAAAAUAUUUUUUCCAACGCUCACACUCAGAUGGUCCCAUAAAUACACAAGCGCAGCCACACCACAACCACAAAGAUGUCAAAGAUGUCCGCUUACCUGCAAUAUGUUUUGGUUUUUCUUGAAGACAGGAAGAGAUCAGAGAGGAACAAAUCUCUCACUCGAUCGCACGUCGUCCAACUUAUCCUCCUUUCAUUCUUUCUCAUUAUCCGUUAGAAUUAAAGGGGCACUCCACUAUUUUCUAAGCUCAUAUUCAAUAUCUCCAUGUGGACACCGGCAUGUUGCAGGAAGGACAGUAAGAAUAUCAGGUCAAAUAAGUAGCGAAGUGCCACUUUAAAAUACCCAGUUGGAAAAGCCAGUUUAUUUCACAUAUUAUCCCCCUGAGUAUGAGAUAUGCAAUAUGUGAAGCAUACAGAUAUAUAUGACACAGGUAUUGGUAGGAGAUAGGCAAGAGGGUUCAAAUAUAUCGCUAUUAUGUAUUACAGUAAAAUGUCAAUAGGCUCCAAUGAGAUUCAAAGGUCAUUGAAUUAUGAUGUGUUAGAAUGUCUGUGUAUUCCCAGAUGGUAGGAUCAGGAUGUCUUUUGUUCUUGUCUUUUCCCCCGCCUGCUAAGUUGCAUGCUGUUAUUCUUUUGUGAAAUGUCAUUUUAGAGUCAUAAAAGUGGAUUAGCUUCUCAACCUCGGCGGAUUCUUGAUUCUUUAACAUGGCGACUCGUCUCAUUUACAGGACGCGUCAUUGUUCAUUUGAAUGUCGGACCCUUUUCAUCUUCCCAUGUUAACCUUUGACCCUUUUCAUCUUCCCAUGUUAA